UCAAAAACCGCAUCAGCAUGUGUUAACCAGAUGGAUCCUCGCGUCGCAGCAACAUCCGUGUUCCGGUGGUCUAGGAGUCGCCGAAAGAUUCAUAUCCGCCGUCGUAAGUCACAGGUGGUGCGUCUUGGUGUGCAACGCGGUGGAUUCUCGUUGAAGAAGAUGGUGAGGAGGAUGAAGCUGAGAUGGCUGAGACUACACUACGUGAGACUUGUGAGGAAGAUCAAAGUGUUUUAUCAUAAUCUGGUGAAAGAGUUCGCAGAAGCAGGAGCUGAGCUCGAAGCGAUUCAGAAGCGAAUGACGGCUGAAGCGGCUGCGUUUGCGGUUCCCGGUUUAGGUCUCUCUUUCUCCUCUCUGUCAGUCCAUGGCCGAGCGCCGUAUGAUGUAUAGUCAUACAAAAUCAUAUUCCUUAAAACAACUAUUUGUAAUUUUUUAAUUACUUUUGUUGUUCUUGUAUCUUAUGUAUAUGUAUUACAUAAAUUCACCAAAUCUAUUAUAUUUCUCCAUCUACAACAGCGUAUUUUCUG